GCGGGCGCGUUCCUCUCCUCCGGCUCGCACUCGGCCUGCGCCUGCGCAAGCCCAGAAGAUGGCGGCGGCUGGAGGAGGCCGUUUGAGGCGGGCGGCGUCGGUCCUGCUGCUGCGGAGCCCGCGCCUGCCUGUCCGUGAACUGUCGGCUCCGGCCCGGCUCUAUCACAAGAAGGUUGUUGAUCAUUAUGAAAAUCCUAGAAACGUGGGGUCCCUUGACAAGACAUCAAAAAAUGUUGGAACUGGAUUGGUGGGGGCUCCAGCAUGUGGUGAUGUAAUGAAAUUGCAGAUUCAAGUGGAUGAAAAGGGGAAGAUUGUGGACGCCAGGUUUAAGACAUUUGGCUGUGGGUCUGCUAUUGCCUCCAGCUCGUUAGCCACUGAAUGGGUAAAAGGGAAGACGGUGGAGGAAGCCUUGACCAUCAAGAACACGGACAUCGCCAAGGAGCUCUGUCUUCCCCCCGUGAAACUGCACUGCUCCAUGCUGGCCGAAGAUGCAAUCAAGGCUGCCCUAGCGGAUUACAAACUGAAACAAGAACCCAAGAAAGGAGAGGCGGAGAAGAAAUGAGCCCUCAGCAAAGUGUCCAGCAGGUCAGACCUGCUGUCUGUCCACCCGCCGCGCAAUCACUACAGAUGUUCAAAAGCCCCCCACGCUAUAGUAAAGGAGCUCUGAGACACACAGCGCUUGCUGGUCACCUGGGGGCUGCCAUGCAAGCAAAAUAUACAGUUCACUCGUUUCAAGUCCUGUGCUUUCUUUCAGCCCACUCUUAGCGCCUUAAUGCUGUUUGUGUAUAUUUUGACUUGUAUGCAUGGCCUCAAAACUGAAAUUCGUCACGAAGGCUCAAGUGUGGUAGUCCACAAAGUGCACAAAUAUUAAUUUCACCUAAAACUAUCUUGGUGAAGAUUACCAAUAGAAGGCCAUGGUAUGAUUAUUUGAUAGAACCAAUUAUUGUACAUAAAACAGAUUUGCAUAUAUAUAUAAAUGUAUUGCGCAUAUAUAUAGAGUAAAAGAAUGUAAAACCAUGUUUUUCUCUGAUAA